AUGUCGCUCCAAGUACACCUGCGCUUUCCGACCGACUUUCGGUCAGUUUUGCAGGCCUUGGUGUUGCUAAGCGCAAGCACCGCCAUUGUUCUGCUGUAUCAAUGGCAGAGCCACGUUCAUAGGAAAAAGAGCAACGCCGAAACCGUCGUAGCAGUCGAUCCAGUCGAGCUGAACAGCAUCCCGGGGCCUCUGGAGUUCAGGGAAUCACACGUCUUCAAAAAAGGGCCCACGACGGAGCACUGGAACUUGUUGGCUUUGCAUCGACAGUACGGUCCAGUCGUACGUAUCGGUCCUACUCACGUAUCGGUCGCCGACUUCGAUAGCGUCAACGCCAUCUAUCGUCAGGCGACUACCUUUUUAAAGACGGACUGGUAUGAUCUCUUUACCGAAAAGGGAAAGGGCGUGAUCUUCAACAUUAGGAACAAGGAGCUACAUGCCAAGCGCCGUCGCAUUGUCAGCCACGGCUUCAGCCUGUCGUCUACCAGAGUAAUGCUGCCUUUCAUCAGGACAAAGGCCUUGCACAUGGUCGCACAACUCGCCGAAAGCUCAGAAGCUCAAGAUGCCGUCGACGAUGAAAAUCGCGAGGAUGACCCAAGCGAGCUUCUCAGUCGAAUCAUAAUCGCAAAAGACCCGGCUACCGGGCAUGCCAUGGACUUCCAGACGCUAUGCAUGGAAGCCAGAGGAUUCAUUCUAGCGGCGAGCGACACAACGGCCAAUACUCUCACCAUGGCCGUGAACCACAUCUCGCGCAGUCAAAGCGUGUGGACCCAGCUCCACCGCGAACUCAAGGAAGCUAUACCUUCGAUGGAAGCACUUCAAGAUUCUUUGCAAGACGCCUCCUCCUAUUACACGCAGCUUCCAUUUCUGGUCGCGUGCAUCAAGGAAACCUACCGUCUCUCGCCAGCCAUUGCUAAACUUUUGCCUCGCCAAGUUCCCAACAGAGGCUGUUCGCUUGCUGGACACCAUGUGCCAGCCGGCACCAUCGUCGGAACAUCUAUCUUUGUACAGCAUCGCUGGGACGAAGAUCUGUGGGGACCUUCCGACUAUGCAGACGAGUUCCAUCCAGAGCGAUGGCUUGAAUCGUCUCAAUCCAGCGAGGCAGAAGUCGCGAAGUUGAAGAAGAUGAAUAGCUUUCUAACCCCAUUCUCUCAGGGCACACGGGCUUGUCUGGGACGCCACAUUGCCGAUAUGGAGCUUCACGUCGUCCUCGCUACGCUGUUCAGAUUCUACCAGCCCGUGCAUGUCGUGACGCCAGUCGAAGAAAUGAAGGAGCAGGGCUUCUUCAUCUCUGGACCGCGGGGCGGCAAAUGUCUCAUUCAAUUCAAGAGCGUGGAACUCCAGUAG